AUGGCAUCUCCUACCGGCGUCCUCCUCGUGGGAAGCAUCCCUCUCUCCUCGUCCGACGAGGUCUUCCACAAGAUCCCUGCUGCUCUGCCCGAUCGCCUGGUCUCCAUCCCCGACGGCGAAACAGGCACCCGCGCCAACUGGAUCGGCUGGCAGGUUCCUUUCUUCCCCAGGGACGCUCUCCGAACAACUAUCGGCGGGCCUGAGCUGCCACCAGACUAUUCCGCGGCUUUCACCCAGAGCUCACUCGAGCCAACUCAGUACGACACCCAGGCCCUGGUCUCGUAUAAACAAUUCGUCAAACUGCGCGAUGACGGCAUUAUCCCCAAGGGAGUGCGGUUCCAGGUCUCGCUUCCAACGCCGUAUGCUUGCAUCCAGGGCCACAUAAAGACUGAGUUCCACGCCCAGCUGGAACCGUUCUACGAGCAGCGCAUUCUCGAGUCGUUGGCUGCUAUUAUCAAAGAGAUCCCGGCUCAUGAUCUCGCGCUCCAGUGGGAUAUGUGCUUUGAGACUACUGCACUUGAAUACGAUCGCGGUCGGUUGACGGAUGAGUUCUUCAAGGCGCAUUUCAGGCCGGUUAAGGAGGGCCUCCUGGAUCGUAUUGAGCGGAUCUGUGCCGGUAUUCCGAGCGAGAUUCCGGUUGGUUUCCAUCUUUGUUAUGGUGACCUUGGCCAUAGGCAUUUCAUUGAACCGGAGGAUCUGGGCCUGCUGGUGGAUUUUGCAAAUGGCAUUCUCGGGCGUCUUGGUGAGAAGCGCACUGUGGGCUGGCUUCAUGUUCCGGUGCCUAAGGACCGGGACGAUGUGGCCUAUUUUAAGCCAUUGAGGGAUCUUGAAGCGAGUAAGGAUACCAGGCUUUAUUUGGGGCUUGUUCAUCCCAACGACAAGGCUGGGACUCUGCGGAAAAUCAAGGCUGCGCAGGAGGUUGUUCAGAGGGAGUUUGGGGUGUCAACUGAGUGUGGCUUAGGACGCACUCCUCCAGAGGAGCUGGACAGUAUCUUGCAGAUUGCACAGGAGGUGACUGUCCCGGUGAAGGAUCAUUAG